GUUUGUUGUCUUGGGAAGAAAAUGCUGGAGUUGCACACCAAGAAAAUGGUGCCAUCCCUAUGUUCGCCGGACGCUCUUCGUACAUUGCCGCCGGCUUCGGUACUGCAAUUUCACUGUCCUUCAGGACGUUUCUUCGUCGUUUUCGUUUGUAUCUCAACAAUUCUGUGGUUCUUUAUCAACAAGUCUUUCGGAUAGAGGUGCCACCUUCUGUGCCGAAUGCAACGAAGGAUUUGAUUCGCCUUGUUUUGUGUGCAGCGAUCGUUUCGAGAUAGUUCCGAUUGAGCGAGAAUAUCUGAAUGAGUUAAUGUGGAAUUUUCGGAUUCUUACAAUCACGUGCUCUUGAGGAAGCUGUGAAUGGCUGAGGUUGAGUGAUUCUUUGUGAGCUGCGAAUGUUGCCGACAUUGAAACGUUCUGUUGCCAUGCUGUACUCCGGGGAUUUUUAGAUGAUAAUAUGUGGUUGCGGGAGUCCGGCAGAUGAGACCGUAUUUUUUUGUUUCAAAUGCCUAGAUGCGUUAAAUUUGGCAUGGCGUAUCCUUGACAUCUCGACUUCAUGAUGGAGGACCUAGCCUCAUUUAUCCAAACGUUGAGCGAGAAGUACGGUCUUUUGGACUUUGGAGGCAGCAAGGUCGACAGCACAGCAGCAAACCAUUUUGAACAAGAAAACUCGCCAACUACAGCUGUACGACAAGCUUCUAUCAACCAGGAAAACGGCGAUUGCUUAGAUGUGGAUACCAGCUGGGAGUGCUUGACAACGUUUCUUAACAAACUUGAACUCGAGCGUUCGAACAUGUAUGACUUCCCCAGAAAGAAGUUCCCAACAUCAAAACAGAAAGAGCCCAAUGAUCUACUGUUUGGUCAAGGUGCUGAAGAUGUCGAAGAAGAACAGACCUUGAACCAACCUGAGACAUUCUCCCCUGAUCGGGCCGCCAGCUUCGCGAAUACCCUGCAGACCUCGGAUCUAAUUCAAAAUGCCUCGUUCUUAGAUGAGCUGCAAAACCCAUCUCUCUCGGAGGAUUUGCAGAGUACUGGAAUGACGAAGGGCCGAGAUUCAUUUGACGAAAAUUACCACCACAGCUGGCAGUCGUCUCCCCUGCAGGAAUUCCUAGCGAUUGAUGGGGAGAAGGACGUGGAUGUUUUGGAAUUUGCGAAGGAGAUGAAACUAUCGAGCUGCAACGAGUUUCCGCAGAAAGAGGAUGCUGCAUGGCAUGCUUCCAACGCUUGGUUUCAAGAAUUCUGCUCAACAAGAAACAAUGUCAGUACAAGUUUGUCACAAAUUUCGGUCCGAGCGGAGACGAAAAUUGCUAACGAAGUGUGUUUAGAUCGAGGACUCUCGACCCAUGAUAUAGUGCUGUCAAAGGAAAUCUUGUUGUCGAGUGGGAGCUCGAGCUCACCGGCUGGAACAGAGAUUGAUGGCCAGGCGGAAGAUAGUCACUCAGCUGCAGCUUCUCAGUGUGGAGCCGGUACUGCCGCUGACAGAUCGAGAUGUAAUUCGCCUGAAGGUUAUGCAUCGGGCAUCGAGGGUAUUAAGCGGGGGAGGAAGAAAGCCGCUAUUGUGAGUGCUAGAGUUGAGAAAAUGCUAGAAGAGAGUGGCAGUCAGUAUGAGGGUGCAGCUCACAAGUCAGCGGAGAAUGCAUGUGGAAAUCCCAAAAAUAUGGUGAAAAGAGAAGACUUUAAUUCAGAGGAUGCUGGAAAAAUGUCAGAGUUCCGAUUUGGAAUGUCUGAAAAUGGAAACAGUGGAUCCCAGAAGCAAAGGACGACGGAAACGGACGAGGGGAGCAGCCAGCUGCUGACUCAGCUCAACAGGAGCAGGUCCCUCCUCAGUCCCUCGUUUCGACCCUCCUCAUGCAGAUCUCGAUCGUCAGCAUUGGAGAAAAGUGAAAGUAGAAGACAGGCGUUGCAAGCUGAAAGAUUCAGUGAGGAAGUGGGAGAAAGGUGUGGGGAAAACGGCGACCUUUAUCUUAGGCAGAUGGAUGGAGGUGGUAUCAAUGUGACGUCGCGCCAUUGCCUCGGGAGAGUUUCGCCGCCACAUCAGCAUGAGCUGCUGAAGGGUGCCUCGUCUAGGCGUGAGGGAAAUUUCGGGCCUGACGAUAGAGAUUCAGCAACACAAGAAGACGACCUAGGUCAAGGCAUCAAAAAGUCGUCUUCUUAUGAUUCAGGGCAAAGAAGACUGUCCUCAAAAAAUCACGCAGAAAUUGAUUAUCAGCCAAGUAAAGCGUCGUCUGUGGAUCAGGUUGAUGAAAACAGUCGAAGAGGAAAUUUAUUGCGGGAUCGUCCCCUAGGUCGUAAAAUACGAAUGCAUUUUCCAAAAUCGAAGCGAAUAUCAGACCCAUAUGAUACCAGGAAUUCGGGUGAGCAAGAUUUACCAGAGGAUCAGGAAGGAAUUCUGAACCACAUGGUGAAAUUGAAUCAAGAGAAGCAAGAUCGUAAUAGAGGAUCACUUGCAGUUUCUCCAAGACAUGAGAAAAUUCAUGAUUGUGAAGAAGUUGGACAUGGAGAGGAAUCUGAGAGAGGUCUUGCAAGGUGCAGCUUUAAACAUCCAGGCCAAAACCACCAAAACGAGGAGAGUAUGUGCACAAGAUCCAGGGACUGCUGCAAGGUCACAAGUUCUUGGGGACAAGAAUGGACUGAAGUAGAGGAGGAAAUAGUCGAGACUACUGAUCUAGCUCCAUGCAGGGCAUUUGUGGACCACACUAAAUGGGAAAAAGUCAACAAUCUAUUAUGCCAAAACGGGUUUUCAACCAUUCGUAGUUCAAAUAUCCCGACUUCUGACUUUGAAGAGGAUUGUUUCCGUGUUCUUUCGAAACUCGUGAAUUAUUAUGAGCGCCGAGAGCAGUUUGUUCAGGCGCUAUUGGAAGAAGGGGAUGGAUUGCGGCAAUCGGAGGAGCGCAGUUUAAUAAACAUCCAACAGUUGGAGAGUGAGAGGGACGAGAUUCAGCAAAAACUAAAAGUCAGUGAGCGUCGAGCGGAGGUUGCAGCUAAAGCUGCAGAGCGCAAUCACGCUCUGCUGCGACGAGAUUGCCAGAAAUUGGAAUCUUCCAAUGCCAACCUCAUGCAACGAUGCAGCCAGUUGGAACAUGCAUGUCGAGCAAAAGAGCGUACUCUGCAGAAAUUGCAAGACAAAAUGCGCGAAUCCAUGCUGAAGGAAGAUCGCCAUCGAAUCAAUGAUAAGGAGGUCUAUGAGAAGCUAAAGCAUAAGGUUGCAUCUGCUCAGCAUACAAAUGGUGAAGUUCUGGAGUCGAAUUUCUUGCAACGUGACUUGAAACCGGCCCAAAUUGUAGGUAUUUAUGAACGGCAGAAGGUGGCCUUGGAGACGGAGAUAUCGAACUUACGAGCAGAAAAUGCAAAGUUGUGUCGCGAGAUCUGUGAAAAAGAAAAUAUAAUUUUGCACAAGGUUCUGGGGACAAAGGAGACAAAGGAGGCGUUAGAAUUACUAAGUCGCAAACAACAAAUGCAGGUUGAUGAAAAGGACAAGGAAAUCCACCGCUUAGAGGAAGAGCUGAAAGAGCGUCCAACCAUGGAAGAAGUCGAAGAGACAAUUCGCUCUGCCACAUGCCAAGAGGAGAACUUGGGACAGCUUCAUGAUCGCGAUCAAGGGGAGAGCUACUUCGAGAAAAUCCUGGGGGAAAUCUGCAAACUUCUUGAACUUGACGAUCCAUCCUUCAUCGUUGAAACUUUGGAGAGUUUGUUGGUACUUGUCUCAGCGGUUCCACGAAUGGAGCAAUUCGUGACUGAUGUAUGCGACGUCGUUUUUUGCGACGGCCAAAACUGGUCUCAGCUCAGCAGCAACGAAGACUCUGGGGUUGAUAGGACACCUGAAGCUGUACCAGACAUACUAAAAUCCUGGCUUCAAAAGCUGGAAGAAUCAACGAAAUCCUCUGAAUCCUUCGAUCUACUGACAUUCAAAGAGAAUAUAAUUAGCAUGCUAUUGAAGAGGAGUGACGAAAAUUCAGAAUUGGACCCUGGGAUUGACAAUCGCGUCGUGAUCGGAUGUAUCAAGAACCUUAUCGAUGUAGAGAAAGAUUACCUCACCACCAAAUCAUCAUACAGCGAUGCAGACGCUAUUAUAAACUCGGAACCCCAGAAGCUACUGCACCGAGUUAUUGCUCAUUUUCAGAUGUUAUUUGAGGUUCCAAAAUUGGAAGGAGUCAUGGCAGUCAUGAAUACAGUGUAUAUCAAAUGCACAGAGUACCAUAACUUUGCCAUAGCAUUGAGCUCAAUGCUUGGUCUCGACAAGGAAGAAGGGCCUAACACGAUCAUCUCCGCAGUUAACUCCAUUUUGUCGCGAGAGGGGAUGUAAUCUUAAAACAUCACCCUUAGACAAAAACAGUGAAAGUCGACAAUCCCAAAUUACGAUGUUUAACAAAGCGAGAAAGUUUUUUUAAAAAGCCUGCACAGUAACUGUCCUGCGAUUUUUAUGUUGGAAUCCUUAAAAUGCAGUACGUGUACACGCAUUGCCGCCGUUCCCAGAGAAAGCGGAUGUUUUACCCAUCGUCACUGACACCGGGAAUCAAUUUUUGGCAAGGUAUGUCCCACACAAACGAUCCUCCUGACUUCCACUCUUCUCAUUACCUAGUGUACUUGAAAGUCUUUUUUCCUAACCAAUAAAUCUCUGCUUGAACGAAUCCGUGAUGAUCUGCACAAGCCUCACAAACAUGGUGCUUUGUUGUCUAGAGUUGCCUCUCUGCCACGAUGGUUACUCCAAAUGUUACUCAACUCUGAAUCUGAGUACCGAAUCAGGAUUCCCUUCUAAAAUAUUCUUUACGCGUGUAUUAUCUACAGCCACCCGUAGUAUUUCUGGAUUAUCUAUUGGAGUGAAACGUCGUGAACCUGAGAACUUUGUAAAAUAAAACUCAUCGUUUAUUGAUCGAUACACGCUAUUACAUGCAACAUGGAAGAAAAAAAAGUAAACAUCACAAAUUUGCAAUA